AUGCCCUCAUUUUCAUCUACAGUACUGGGUCUGAUGGCCGCAUUAUCGCUCGCGGUUCCCGGGGUACUUGCUACGUUCGCAAACAGUUCCUCAGAUGUCCGGGAUGCCAUUUCUAGUCUGAAAACAGACCCUGAUGGGUAUCUGCACAUUGCUGACGACGGAGUGGCACGAGCCUUUGAUGCGAAUGAUACCGUUACUGGCUAUGUCGCCUUGUCUAACGACCAACUUAUGCAGUUGCUCGCGGAGCUUCCAGAGCUAUGGCAAAAUGAAACGGAUCACUUGCACUCUGUAUUCGAUGGUGUUGAUGGACGUGAUGCGAAUCAGACUCAGUUGCUCAACCCUCCUGCUUCACUUCGGCCGAAUCGUGGGGCAGCCCAGUCUCAAAAUGACAAGCGUGCACCAUUUCUAAAGCGCCCCGCACGGUUGCACGCAGCUAUCUUUGAGGUAGGAGUAGUCGUCGAGAGGCCGAGAUUGGUUCAAAAUGACGAUUAUCAGGUUGCCACCCUGGGAUGUGAUGCCUCCUGUGCCGCAAAGAGAGGUGUCCAUAAACAGGCUGCCACCUUUGUCCACUUCUGA